AUGGCUUCGGCUGAGAAAGAGACCCGGCCAUCUCCCGGCUGCAAUGGCAUAGUGAAAAGACGGCCAGGCGCUGCUUGUGUCCAUUGUCACCGCCGAAAAGUCAAAUGUGAUGCGCAAUUUGUUGGGUUUCCAUGUUCAAACUGUCAAUCUUCAGGCAAGCUCGAUUGCCGCAUACAUGAGAAGAAGAAACGGCCUAUAACUCGUUCUGCGUUGAAUCCGGUUCCCAUUCUUAGUCGUCCGCUCCCGCCUCUUGAAGCAAGUGUCGCGACUUCGCGUUCGCAGGGGACCGCUACCGACUCCCUAUGGGUCAAAUCACCCGGUGAUUCACAACGGCUUUCACACCGUAGUACAGUUGGUGGGGGUGUAGUCGAUCGUUCCGCAGGUGCGGCUGGUCCACAGCAUGCACACGGAACUCUCCUACAUCAUACCGCCCAGUCCCCGCCCAAUCCUAGCGACGAUAGGCGGGAAAUGGAAAAUCGUCUAGUAACGCUGAUAGAUCAGCAAGAACUCGAUUCUCGUGAGAUUCAGCACGGUGUUCGUGCCAUUUAUGUGGGUCAUGAUGUCUCCAACAUGUCCUUUCUUCUUCGUCAGCAACGGGGAGAUGAGAUAUCAUACCAUCUGGCCGGCAACGAGAUACCGCGACGUCGUUUGGAAAUAGGGCACGAUCAAUUUCUGCAGGAUGCUUUGACCUUACCAGAGAAACAUAUCGCAGACGAAUUGGUGGACGCCUAUUUCACGCACGUCAACCCAGGUUAUCCUAUUGUUGAGGAAGAACUGUUCAUGUCUCAAUACCGUAACCGAGACCCAUCUAAUCCACCACCAGUGUUGCUCCUUCAAGCCAUCCUAUUGAUUGGUGUCCACGUUUCUCGAGAUAGUCCAGAGAGGGAGGAGCUCAAGAAUGUGUUGUAUCGCAGAUGUAAAUGGCUCUUCGACAAUCGAAUAGAGCGGAACCGAGAUAUAUUGGUUCAAACAGCGUUGUUGUUGACGUGGCACUCGGACGCUAUUGACGAUGAUGUUUCUGCCAACGCUCACUAUUGGGUUGGAGUAGCAGCGCGAAUUGCUACGGGAUUAGGAAUGCAUCGCGACCCCAUAGCAAACAAAUUUGUCGCCACUGAUCGCCGCACCUGGCGCCGUGUAUGGUGGAUUCUUGUUCAGUACGAUGUGCUGAUUUCCUUAUCGUACGGUCGGCCACAAGCAAUUAACCUGGAGGACAGUGAUGUACGUCCCUUGACGCCAGCAGACUUUGUUGGCUGUGGGCCCCGUGUGCAGAUAGAUUUCGUGAUACAUUUUGCAGGGCUGUGCUCCAUGAUCUCAUACAUCAUUCGCGAACGGUUCGGCCUGACAGUCAGCAUGGAACGCCGAAAAGCCAUACUACCGGAAGCUGACGAAGCGUUGGCAAAUUGGUCGCUGAGUCUACCAGAUUCUCUUCGACUUCGUGGUUCUAUGGACUCAUGGUCGGCUAUGCUUCACCUCACAUACAAUAAUUUCCUAAUUUUACUGCAUCGGCCUCAUCCUAGAGCGUCCGCCUAUUCAGAGGACUAUGGCCCACACGAUGCUGAAAUAUGUAGCGCCGCCGCGGGUGUGAUUACUUCCAUCUUUGAGGAGCUUCGACAGAAAGACUGCAUCAAAUACCUAUGGUGUUCCGGGGUUCAUACCCUGUUUACAGCAAUGAUCCAGGUGCGGGUUGAGCUACGAUUCUCAAACCCUGUACUCGCCAUCAACGCUCUUCGGCGGUUCGACUCCACGCUGUCAUCACUUCGCUGCUUAGCGGAGUACUGGUAUAGUGCUGAGACGAUUCUGCGCCUUUUUGAGAACUCAAAAAAGCUUCAGCAGGAUCUUCGUCUUGUCCACGAAGAGGCACCGGGACAAGUUAGGGCCCCUAGGGAUAGCGACAUAUCUGCUGAAACGAUGUCUAAUUCUACAACGGUACCUGUGGCAGCACCGACGAUAUCGCAAUCACAUACUCAGGAUGGUGUAGACGAUAAUGCUAUCCAUAAUGGAGAUGGGAAUGAAUCAGUAGAUCAUUCGACAGUCUCAGGGCCCCAGGGCCAGAGCGAACACGUUCCUGGUGGGCAUUAUCAGUACAGUGGAAACGUACUCGAUGGAUCAAAUGACAUGUCAGUGUCCCACCACGGAGACGGCUCAGAGCACUCGCGCGAGUAUCUGGACUGGAAACAACUCUUCCCAUUCGCCGGUCUAGAAGAACCUGGGCCCAUGAACGUAGAAGGGUUGAUGGAUAUAGAAGAGGAAUGGCGGCAGUUAUAUUUGGAGCCACAGAUGUCGGAUUUGCUUCAAGAGAGUAUUUGGCCACCAUGAUCAGUCCCAUAGAUCCGACUGCCAUAAACUCAACGAAAUUAUGUCGAUGCCGCAUUCGUCACAACCCUAGCCAUGAUAUUAGCAUAUAGCCUACGUUGACCGUGAGAUUCUUGCAUUUAUGUACAACCUAGGCCAUACAUUAUUGCUAUCCAAUGUUCAUGCUACGGAAAUCUGCAUGGUAGCUCUAGCGAGUGAACAGGGAUUACCAUUGGACCGUCACUCUCGCUUAGAAAACCGACAGAAGCUGGAAUGAUAUCCGGUAACAUCUUGGGAGU